UCCAGGCAGACACUAGCAAUUAGUUUGUAAGUGGAAUGCGGACGAAAUGUGUAUCGUAUUCGUCCGUCCCCGACCCUCUUUCACAUAAAAGGCGGCGGGAAGACAACAUCAUCGUGACUUGUUGCGUGAUUGCAUUGACAGCGAGCGUUGCUUCUUUCUUUUGUGGAUGUACCGAUACACUGCGUUCGGUUUAGUUUCAGUUUCAGUUGCAUACUUAGACAGAUUUGUCUUUUCCUGAUUCGAAUUGGAUCAGCAUCGAUCCCGUCGCCAUGAGCGAACAGCCAGACACCAAGAUGGAGAAGGGACAGGGCGGACAAGAUGCCCCAGCGCCCGAGCAAGCACAGAGUUGGUUGCGGCGAUUAUGGAAUUCGCCCACCUGGCUCCGUCCCCCGCCGCCACCGAAGAACACAUACCCGCCCAUCUCGAGUAUUCCCCGGACCUCGAAUGAGCGUCUCGCGCUGGCCUCGCCGGACAACGGCUCGGGCGACGCCACCGCCAAGACGAUCCUGUAUCUCGCAUACGGCUCGAAUCUCUCCGCGGAGACAUUCCUAGGGUACCGCGGGAUCCGCCCCAUAAGCCAGAUCAACGUUUCUGCGCCCGCAUUCGACCUCUCCUUCGAUCUUCCCGGGAUCGCCUACAGCGAGCCCUGCUUCGCCAACACGCGGCCGCGGAAGAUUCCGUUCCCAGGGAAGCCGCCCAAGUUUCCUCCUCCCCCGCCACCACCCUCCAGCAGCACCACCGCGAAGCGACCGACGUGGUCCAAGGGCUUGUACGGCGUCGUCUACGAGGUGACGCCCGAGGACUACGCGACGAUAAUCAAGACCGAGGGCGGCGGCCAGGGGUACAAGGACGUUCUGACGCCGUGUUUCGAGCUGCCCCCGGCCCUGCACGUGCCGGAGAAGCCUCCGAUCCCCGAGCUUCCGAAGCCGUUCCUCGCGCACACUCUAUACGCGCCGUGGCUGCCGGAUAUACCCGACGAUCCCGAGAACCCGGGCAAGAGCGUCGAGGAGAAUAGAGAAGAAGAGGAAGAUGCUGGGCGCGACGACGGGGGCAAUGACAGAGACCCGCGCAAACAGCCCUGGUUCCGCCGCCUGUUCCUCCCCGUGCACCGCCCCGACGACGCGGAGCCUUCAGCGCGCUAUCUAAAGCUGAUCCGGGACGGCGCGCGCGAGCACGCCCUGCCAGACGACUACCAGUCGUACCUGGGACGCCUCCAGCCGUACACCAUCACGCGCGUGCGCCAGCGCAUCGGACGCCUCGUGUUCAUGCUGAGCGCGCUCCCGGGGUUUCUCAUGAUGAUCGGGCUGGGCCGGCUGCUGGCCGAUAAGGACGGGCGCAGCCCGCGCUGGUUGGGCGUCGCGACGACGGUGUGGAUGAAUCUGCUCUGGAAGACGUACGAUGGUAUUUACAAGCCUUUGUUCGGCGAUGGCGAGCGCACCAUGGCGGACGAGGAGAUGGUCAAGGUGAGGGUGAGGAGGAGGAGUAGGGCUGCGCUGACGGAGGAUGAGAAGAGUAGGUUAUUGCGUGAUUGGUAGGAGUUUUUUUUUGUCAGAUUUCUUCUAGUUUUAUUUUUGUUUUAUGCCUCAGUUUGAUUUGUAACGUAUAUAUACAUACACCUGGAUAGAGUCGGGAUCACGCGAUCGUGGAGGUCGAUGGCGAGAACACGCCCCUCCCUGCAUCAUGAGCCGGACUUCCGGGUUUCGGUCUAGAAGAGCUUGGAUGGAAUGUCACUGUAUUAAUAGAUCAGAU